CAGUCAUUGCUUUGCUCUUACUUUGGUUACAUUUACCUGUUCCCUUAUUUAACUUUAGAGCAACGUUUGUUUUCAAUUUAGUUGCUGUUUAACUAACGGAACGUGUGCAACUACCUCGCAAAGACAAUUUCGACAGUUACCACUUUUAUUCGAGUGGCGCCAAAAUUGAAAUAGAUUAAUUAUUUGUACAUACACAAACAUAUGCAAUUAAUUGUUAUAAAGCUCUUAUGAUAUAUGUGCAACCAACUACUACUUCCCAUAGACGCACCCUACCCCCUAAUAAGAAUCAAGUUCUCCAAUCAACAGUGCGUGGCAAUAACUCAUGGCCGCUAGCAAAUUUUCAACAGCGACGUCGUUAACAACGGGCCUCAAGCACACAACACCGUUCGAUGGCAUUUGUGCGAAAAUCUCAGCGUUCUACUUCGACUUAGAUAACACGCUAAUCCCAACGCGGGCCGGUGAUUCCAAAGCAAUACGCAAGCUAGCUGACGUGCUGGAAACCCAGUAUAGCUUUACCAAAGACGAUGCCAACCUAGCCACACAGAACUUUUUGAAGUCGUUCCGUCGCUGCCCGGACAACUCGCAAACGUCGCUGGACUCGUGGCGCACGCACUUGUGGCGCGAGUCGCUGCAGCAGAAGCACAAGCAUCUCGCCGAGCAGAUCUAUCCGCAGUGGCUGAAGCUACGCUACCGUUACCUGGCCAUACCGCCCGACUAUGUGCAGCUGUUGCAGCGCAUGCGUCGCGCCGGCUACCUUCUAGCGCUCAUCACCAAUGGCCCGUCGAAUGCGCAGCGCGAGAAGAUCAACAAGCUGCACGUCCGGGGCCACUUCGACUGCGUGCUCGUCUCCUCGGAUCUGCCGUGGGAAAAACCGCAUCCGGAAAUAUUCUAUGCCGCUUGCAAUUUUCUUGGCGUCAAGCCGCACGAAUGCGCCAUGAUUGGCGAUAAACUCGAGACGGACAUCAAGGGCGGACAUCUGGCCCAGCUGGGCUUGACCUUCUGGCUGCCGCUGAGCACCAGCAGCGCCGCCUCACAGUGCCUGGACGAUGUGGAGUACAAGCCGCACGUAAAACUCAACAGCCUGCUGGAUCUGUACAAAUACUUUCCGCGCCUGAAUGCCGUCGCAGCAGCCGCCACUCCGAGCACCACGAAUCGUCGCAGCAGUCACAGCCAGAGCAGCAGCGGAAGCGGAAGUAUCAGCGGCAGCGGAAUCGGAAGUGGAGCCGGGAGCAAUAGCGAUCAUGAUCGCGGGGCGGGAGUGCGUCAGCAGCCAUAUGGCGAGGAUUCGUAUCAGCGCCAGAGCGCGUAUAGGCGUGGCGGCUCAUUGCCAGCAAUGGACUGCUCCAACAGCGAGGCGGAGAACAGCUGCGAUAGCUUUAUUUAGGAACUAAUACGGAGUCGGACAGAGUGAUACGCGGCUGCCUAGCGGGGGGCGAAUGUUACGUGCAGAAGUGGGAGAAAGAGAUGAAGAAUAGGAGGAGACAAUGAGCAAUUGAACGUGCAAGACAUGGAAAUGAUGUACCUUCAGUUUACAAAACCAAACACACACACAGACAGACACACAUGCACACAUACAGAAACACACC